CCGAAUCGGUCGUUCGAGGGGGCCGAGAUUUUUUUCGCACACAAGUUCAGUUUUACCCAAGUUUGAUAAGUUCUUUUAGUUUAGUAUGAUACGUGCCGCAAUAACGCGAAGGUGCAAGGCGCAGGUUUUCCCGACAGGGGAGUGGCUUAGAUCGCGCAGGUUUUUUCCUAUAUAUCCCAGUUUUCAAUUUUUCCCCAUUUUCAGUGUGUCUGUGUGUGCGUGAAAAUUGACUCAAUUCUUUUUCGUGAUUUUCUAAUCAUUUUGAUUCAGUUAAGGCCUUUGUAGCGGUUUAGUGUUUUCAGUGUUGUUGGUUCAGUGGGACGUGUGUGUUUGUUUACUGGGAUUCCCGAUCUGUCAGUUUAAAUGACAUUUCUUGUACUACCUAGGAAAGGUUUAUGCUGAGACAGUUUGAACGGUGUGACCCCAAAAUGUUCCAGGACCUAACAUAGGCCAGUCUCUCUCCGCCUCGGCGCAGACCUCGCCCCACGCCCCCCCGCCGGCCGUCGACAUGCUGAUCGCGGCCGACAGUCCGUCCCCCCACCAUCUUGCAGGUGGCCCCGCCUCGAACGGCGCCACAACAGCGAGUCCUUUCACUCCCUUAGUGGACUCGACGGGCGUGGUCUGCGUACCCCCUUCUCCCACCGCAAGGCCUCUUAGGGGCGUGGCCGAACUGCGUGCCCUUCUUCAAGGCAACAAGGGACAGGAACUGAAACAAGUGCUCAGGACGAACGCGUGGCCUGCAAAUCAUCCGAUUCGACGAGAAUUAUGGCCGUUGUUGUGUACGCAACACGCGCACGCGGGUAGUACGGGGGGGCGUGUCCGGGACGGGUUUUAUUGGGACAUGGUGGUGCAAGUGUUCGGGUCGACGGACUUGCCCGAACGACCGGUCGGGCUGCCGACAUUCGUGGAACCGUCGCGUUGCCACGCCUACCAUCUGACGAGGAGUGGACGCGCGUGCGCGGACCGCGUGGUUAGUGUAUUGGGUUACGCAUGUCCGGAUAUCGUGUAUAGCCCGGCCAUCUAUCCUAUCACUGCCCUGUUGCUGCAUUACGUGAGCGAAGAAGAAGCGUACCACUGUAUGGCAAGCCUUGUAUCAUGCAAAGAAAAGACCUUUAUCACCCAAACCAAGCUCCUGUAUGAAGUAACGUGGAAGACUGUGAUGCAAAUAUGUAGAAAACAUGUGAAAGGUGCGGCCGUUCACCUGCAACGCCACUGUACGACCGGCCGCGCAGAACGUAUUUACAUGGACUGGAUUUGGUGGAUUUUCCAGGGCCUGCCCUUUCAACACCUGGUCCGGAUCAUGGACUGUUAUUUUCACGAAGGAGUGAAGGUGCUGUACAGGACAGCAAUGGCGAUUUUGUUACUGUUUCACAAAUGCUCGUCCGCCAACGCGGCAGAAUGGUCCGCAGAAAUCCAAAAAAACGGCAUCGACUUGGCUCUGAACAAAUUUUGCCGAGAGAUGCCCGUUACACCGCAAAAAGUAUUAAAGGUGGCCUUUGGUAUAAGAGGCCUGAGCUCGUCCUACAUCUCGCGGGUGUUCAUUAAGACUGAAAUGCUGCUGAAGAGCCGACAGGUGAUGCACGGUUCCAAGCAACUCGUUCGAUCCAGGUCGAGCGAGAACCUGCCCAACAGCCAGAGCCAGAACAAUAUCCAGAUGGUAUCGCAUACGCUUACGAUACGAGAGUUACUGACCUUAUGGUCCUGGCUCCCGGUACGCAUCACCAUGUACCAACCGAUUCUACUUUACACCACCGAGGAACACGGUUGCAGUUUGACCACGUUUUACGUUAGAGUUGAACAGCACGAACCCACCCUACUUAUGAUCAAAACUUGUAAUAACGAGGUUUUCGGAGCAUAUUGUUCGUCGAGAUGGUGCGAGAGGAACCAAAAGGACGACCGAGGGAACCGUCAGGCGUAUUUCGGUACCGGAGAGACUUUCCUGUUUUCGCUGUAUCCGGAGAGGGCGAAAUAUCCCUGGGUCGGUGUCGAAGGUGACAGGAAUGUAUCACAUGGUGCCGAAUUGUUUAUGGCCGCUGACAGUAAAAUGAUUACCAUCGGAGGAGGCGAUGGUCAGGCGAUAUGGCUCGACGAAAACAUCCGCUUUGGCAAGACCGACCACUGCGCCACAUUCAACAACCCCCCGCUCUGCCCCAGCGGGGACUUUGAAGUGAGGGUCCUCGAGGUCUACGGGUUCGCCACCGACAUCAACUGAAAACCGACAACGAAAAUCAACGUUUUGACCCCCUACCAGGGGGGAUUAAAUUCUCCAUCUCUUUCUUUUCCUGUUCUUACCCGAGAGAAAUGUGUGCCGCGGGGGGAAGACAAGAACUACUGAAAUUUCGAACAUUAUUAAUUGAAGUUCGAAAUGUCAUUGUACACAUUUUAUAUAAUUUUGUCGCUUCAUCGGUAGUGUCUCGUGAUCGUCUUGGUGUAUUUUUAGCUAUAGAGAAGGAUAGCUAGAUUUAUGAUGUAUGUUUGAUAGUGUGGAGCGGAUGUACGUAAAUAUGGGAAAUGUAUACCUAUUCGGGGUGGGUCGAGUUGAUUCACCCUGUAUAUAAAGUACCAGACAUGAUCUACUUAUAAUGUAGUAUUAACUAAUGAAAAAGCGUUUACGAGAGAAGGAAAAAUGUCAUCAAUUCAUCUCAUCCACACUACAUUUUUUUUAAAGAAACAUUUUCCUUAAAUGUUGCCUAAAAGUUAAGUGUUAUUAUUGUGAUUUUUAAGUAUAUAUUCUAUACAUACAUACAUACACAUGGUGUCUAAAUAAUGUUUAACCGUCUUAAUAUUUAAGUGUUAUUUUACGUGAAAUUGGGGCUAGAUUUGUUUUGAUUAAAUGAACGAUGCCACGUUUUUUCAUAAAAUUUGUUCUUUGUAACUGUACAGGGAAAUGUAGAAUCUGAGUUAUGUAAUAGGUUUGCAACGGCUAAUUCGAUUGUUUUUACCGUGGAGCCGAAAAUUUUGAAGCAAAAGCAAAGUUUUUCUUUGCUCAUAAAAACAAAGAGCAACCGUGUACCACGACGCGACGUGGCGAACAUGUUAAUAAAUAGGAAAAUUAAAAUACAAAUAGUCCACAACGAAAUAGCUGCCUAAAACGCUUAGAAUUUAAUACUCAUACAUAUUUACUUAUAAAUAGAAAAAAACAUAUUGAAACCUCACAAAAAACUCUGUUUACUUGUUAACUUGGUUUACCUUGAGAGAGGCCUAAAUUAGGGCGAAAGGUCGACAAGUCUAACUUCCUCCAAUGCCUUUUGUUUUGAAAAAUGCUUUUGGAGUUUGCUUUUUAAUUUAGGGUUUUUAGAAAUUGUUUAUUUCAUCCGAUGGUUGAGUGCACUCAAUUGCCUGGAAGAAAUAAAGAUAUUCUACUUAAGUUGAUUUAUUUCCUCUCUCUGUCCAAUGAUUGAAUGCAUUUAACCCCUCUAAAAGAAAUGCAAUUUGUCUCCCAAGCAGUUGAUUAAGUUUCUGUUUCUCCCUGUAUCAGGUAAUCAGAGAUAUUUUUAUCUCUGUUCAGUGAUUCAGUGCACUCGAUUGACAAGAAGAAAUAAAGAUAUUCUCCCAACCAGAGUGUCCUCCUCUCCUUUCUUUCUCUGUACAAUGAUUUAAUACAUUCAGUUACUUGGAAGAAAUACAAUUUAUCUCAUAAGCAGUCUCUUUCUCUGUCAGGCAAUUAAAUGCAUUUUCAUCUCUGUCCAAUGGUCAGUGGUUAACUGCCUGGAACCUAGCUCUAGUAUUGAAAUCCAGAUAUGUCCAUGCAUGAUCCACUUAAAGCUGAAAACUGGAUGAACAUAUACCUAGACAUGGAUUUUUAUGUCCCCUUUUGAAUUGAAUGAGACUACUAAAACUCAACAUGUCCUAUUCACCUCUAUUAUUCUGUUUAAAUGGACAUGCUUACUCAUUCCCGUUCGCAAUAAUACUGCCAGAAACCACAGAAUACACAAAUAAAGAAAAGCCCGAGACACCGAUAAAAAUUCGAAAUGUGACAUAAUAAUUCAUUCAUAUAAGAAACCAUUUUGCUAUAUUUCAAAUGUAACUUCAUCGACCAAAAAAAAAAAAUGCGCAACUUUUCUUCAAUUUACUCGACAUCAUCCGAAAUAGUAGUGGGAUCACUUAAAACGAACACCCUAUACAUAUAAUAAUUAUAAUAUUAUCAUAAUUAACAUUAUCAUCAUAUUAUAAAUUAUCAUACUUGAUAUUCACGACUUGAACAUUUUUGGUUUGCCCGAAUAACUUAAAUAUGGAAUGGGGUACCGGACUUUUCUAAUCUAGUAAGUCAGUGACAAGAUAUCCUAAUAAAUUAUACAGGGUUAUCCAAAUUAAGUGUCCGCUAUUGGUAACUUUGUUAUUAGUGAAAAUACAAGGUUGUUUAAGUUAGCAAUGAGAAUCGUAUUUUUUGAGUUUUUCAGUAAAAACAUCAAAUUUUAAACAAAAAAGUUUACAAUGACUUUUCUCCUAGGUUACAAAUUAAGUUGAAGUUAUGAUACCCAAACGGAAACAGUUAAUUUGUACCGACAAACUUUAUUUUUAACAUCAACUUAUAAUCUUACAAAAUAAAAUAACAAUUUUUUUUUAAAGAAGAUAACGACGAAACACCACCAUGUUCUUCAAUACAGUUUUGGGCACGUUUUUCAACUGCUUGAACUGUCUUAAGUAUGGUCCUACCAUCUAUUUGGUUUAUCUUUUCUCUAACUGCAGUUUUUAAAGCGUCGACGUUAUCUUACCUCCGCUUGUAAAUUUGAUUCUUUAAGUAACCCCACAAGAAGUAAUCAAGUGGGGUUAGAUCUGGCUGUCUGGGAGGCCACUGGAUAAGGCCAUUAUGUUCCUAUCCACCAAUCAUUAAAAGUAGGACUUAGAAAAUGAUAAGUACCUUAGUAAUUCUAGGCAGGUGCACCAUCUUGCUGAAAAUAUAGAUGAUAUAAGAUUCAAUUCGUCUAAGAAAUUAUUCAAAAUUUCCGUCAUAAAUUCCACAUAUCUUCCAUAUUAGAAUGCCCUCAUAAACGAACGGGCCAACAAUUUUUAAUUAAACCGCACCAAACGUUAAAACUGAAACGGACUUGUGGACCUCUUGGAUGUACUAAUAAAAGGUUUUCUCUUGACCAAUAAUGGUGGUGUUUUCUAUUUAACCUUCAAAAUUUGAUUUAUCUGUUCAUAAAAUGUCACGAAAAUUAUUUACAUUUUGGCGACAGAAGUUAAGAUACCAAUGGCAAAAAACAUGUCUUCUCUUUGGGUCCCCUGCCAAUAGCGUUUGAACUGGUUGGUACUUACGGAAGAAAUUUAUGCUUUUUUAAAAUCCUUUGAACAGUACCACUGAACUGAAAUUAGGGUCCUUGAGAAUAUCUGGUAUUGAAUCCUCACAAUAAGCUUCGAAAUACCCAAUAACUGUAAUUUUCGUAACCUCGCUUAAUAUGAAUUAUUGUUUGUGUUAGAGAAACAUUUUCGUUGUCCCUAAAUUUUUGAUAGUCUCAGAAAAUGUCGUUCAUACGUUUGAAUGCGAGCGGGAUAUCAUUCAGUGUAGUAUUAUUCUUAAAGAGGAUUUUCUGCACACUAAAUAACAUUAUAACAUAUCAAGCAUUUUUCAUGACACAAAAUAAUUCUUCUUAAAAUUAAUAACUGACACAAUAAAACUUAUAAACAAGUAUUUGAUAAACACACUAAUGUUCGACAUUAUUGAAUUUUACCAUUGUUUUCCAGAGCCUUCUAGUCGCGAGGAUGUUCAGUUUAGCAAUUUGUCACUUAUCUUAAUGCUAUCAAAUCGCGAAGGCCAUGUUUAGGGAAUUCAAUCCCGCACCAAAACUUCAAUCCCGCUAAGAAAAGAUCUUAUGUCUUAUGCAAUUAUAAACAAACUAUGGUAGAUGCAAAAAAGUGUUUAUUUCAUAUACAAAAUACAUUAGUUAGUGGUUCAAGUACUUAGUUUAAAGGUCACUUGUCACUUGUCACAUCGAUUUUGGAAGUAUUUUCGGAGAAAAGAUAACAUAUCCAAGGUAUCAUCUUUUAAGUUUGAUCUUAGUUUAUUGCAGAUAUAUCCUGCAGCUGAGAACGCACGCUCAGCUUCGACACUUGUCGGCGGAAUAGACUUUACACAGUUGUAAACAGCUUCCAAGUAUAUACCCCUAUUCAUUCAAACAGGGUCAUUUCAUGUUUUAGUAACUGGUCAAGUGUUACUCGUGCUCGUACAGUCAUAGGAGAAGCCUUUGAUUCUGAUACUCAGGCAGUACGAAGACUACGAUUCAAUUCCUCCAAUUUAAUGCCGAUAGUUCACGUCUUGUUGUUAGAUUAGAUAAAGGUAUAUUCUCCUCUUCAUCCUCCUCAACAACCUCAACAUAAGUGGUCUGGGCUUCGGUUUGGCCUUCUAAAGACUUCUCUAUUUGCAGCCUCUGCAUCAAACUCUUUAUUUUUGUUCGUAGUCUUGAUUUGCUGUGAAGUAAAAAAUAUAUCUUCUUGACCGUUGGUAGAUGCUGACUGUUGUUCCAGAAAUUCCAGAUAUUUGCCUGGAUUUUCCAAAUACAGUAACAUACUUGUCAGUGAUGAACGGCGCUCUUUUAUCCUAGAACGUAAAGCUUUAGCCAUUUCUUUACUCAAUGCAGAAUAAUGAUGACUUUCCAAUUUGCUGAUCAUGAAUCGCAGUGUAAAGUCUGCCCAACCAAUCUGUAGCUAAGCGGUAUCGGUGCGGGGAACGUGGUUGUAGACUAGACCCGCCUCAUUUCAUUCAUGAAAUGGCCAGUGACGUGCGAAAUUUUAUAAACCGAUUACACAGAUUUGAAUGUAUUAAAUAUUAAAAAAUAUGGUUGUUUUAAUUUUAAAAUAGGUAUUUGUAGGUAAGAUAUUAAUUUGAAAAUUAAGGUCUUCUAAAAUAUUUUAUUUGUAAAUAUGUAAUAAAAAAAUGACAGACAAGAUUAGGGAAGUUUGAGAUAAAAGUAAAGUAAAGAAAGCACAAAAUUUGUAAUACACCUACUUAGUUUAUUCACUUAAAAUAAGAGUGCCGUACACGAUGCCUGGAUAUCGCGAGGGAAAGAGCACGGUAGAUAAUCCGAAUUAUGCUGUUUAAACAUUGAAUUUACUACAUAAUAUGUAUAAUCUAAAUUAUUAUUUAAAUAAGUAUAAUCAAUAAAGAUUAAAUAAGUAUAAUCCUUAAAGAUGUUAUUUUUGAAAAAUAUUUUCUUCUUCUGGCAAUUUUUGCAACAGCUUUCUGCUAGUAGUAUAUAAAUUUGAUUUAUUAGGUGUUUAACUAUUUGAAAAUGAAAGUUGUCGUCUUGUUCCACCUUCGUCAUUCGCGGUCUUUUUUUUGCCGGGACUGGAAAGCAUUUUGUUGGGGUCCGUCCACAUUCUUUCUUCAUCUUCUUUGUGAAUUUUUUUCACCAUUGAAAUGCUUACGCCAGUAUAUUGAGAUACUCUUUCAAGUUUGCGCUUUACUGGUAGAUUAACGAAGUUAUUAGUAGCUUCUUCAUUGCAAACCCUAAAAAUUUGUACAAGAAGUAUAUAAUCCUGAUAUUCGAUUUUUUUGCCGUCGUUCCAAUUCAUAUUACUUAUAUUUAUAGACAUUUUAUAUUCAAAAUAACCAACAUUAACUUUAAAUCUUUUUGUUUGUAAAGCAAUCGAGCUUGGUUUUAUUUCAUUGAAUAUGAUUUUUAUUUAUUACAACAUUAGGUAGAUAAUUUUUGAAAUUUAGUGUCGCAUAAAUUAUGAUUUUAUUUUAAUGUUUUUUUUUUCAUAACUGUGCUUAGGCUUUAUAAUUCUCUUAUAAUCAUUUUACUUACCUAUAAACAUUCGCAAUCACUUCCCUUGCCUGGCUAUGAAUUGUCUUUCUAUGAAUAAAGUUAUUCAUUUUAACGUAAAUAACAAAAACUGUUAAAAAUUAUGAACUUUAACAACAAAAAAACAAAUAACACAAAACAACAACAAAACAGCAACAACAAUAAUAGCAAAUAAACUAAACUAUGCUACACUACUCAAAAGUCAUAGGUCAUAAAUUAAGUAGGUACCUAAAAAUACAACAAUAAAAACAGUUUAAUAGCUCAAAAGUAUUAACAUACGCCGCCGCCACUGAAUCCGCAAGAAAUCGAUAUUAUUCCGAAAAUUACACAAAACCUGGUAGGAUGCGACCAAUAAGAUAGAGAAAGACAGAGAGCUGCAUAAAAAUAAUAAAUUAAUGGCCGCGAUGUCAUCAACCAAUCACCUGUCCCCAAACAGCAAGAUGCUUCCGCGAAAGCACGACGUUGCCGGCUUUGUAAGUUUUAUUAGGAAUUUCGGAUAAAUGUUAGUCAAUAUUGGAUUUUAUAAUAUGCAAAACAUUAGCAAAUAGAACUAAAAAAUAUGGUUUAAACUACAUUACAUAAUUUAUUAUCUUUUUUAUGAUUAAAUAGCUGAAUUUUACCAUUAUAUUUACUUUUUAUUCUAUACUAUUUCAUUUUUGCAGUAAGACGUGACAACGCUUCAAAAUUUCGCCCGCAUUCUUUUCGUAGACACAGAUCCGAUGGUCAAACUAUAGUUUCAGCAGUAACUAGUGUUGUAUCUUCGCGGCACCAAACGCUUACAGCCAGCUUAACUGGUUCUAAUGCACGUUCAAUAUCUGUCAACGUAUUACAUUCAUCCUCAGUAAAUGGAUAUGAAGAUGAUGUAAUUUUAAGAUCAAUGAGAGCUUUAAAUAAACACUCUCUGACGAGGUUGAACCUUGAAAUCAUUGCUGCAAGGCUGCUCCAACGUGUUUUACAAUCUUUGACCAUUUGCAAUUCUCUGCCAAAUUUUCCUUUAAUAUAAUUUUGCAAUAAGUCAUUUCUUAUGGGAGAUUUUGAACUAAAAUAUUUUACAAUUUGUCGUACUUUCUGAAUCAGCGUCCUGAAACAAAUAUAUUAUUUAAGUUUAUUUUAAGUUGAGAAAUACUUUUUUUUUACCUGUAACUUGGUAGUAAAUGUACCUCUGGAAAUUCUUGAUCUACGGAAAGGAAGUAGCACUGUUCUUCAUCCUCGCUGUCACUGUUGUCAGGCUUGCUACUACCAGUUAAAUCUGAUCCACUCUUUUCUUGUAGAUAUUCUUCCUCUUGAUGUGUUUUUUUGUAAAGUACGUCGCAAACAGCUAGCUGCAGUCGAUGAGCAUAGCACAGUUGAUGAUGUACUGAUAACAAUCCGCCCACUUUCUUCAUGACUGCAGCACCAUGUUGCUGCGACAAUAUCUCGUUCAAGGUGGAUGCCGAACUCCUUUAGUUUUUUUUCAAUUUCUCUUACACAUGAUUCGGCAGAAAAGCUACCGAGGAUUCUCACUAGUCCUAAGUUCCAAAGACUAACGGAUCCAGCGUUAUAAGCAUGCAGAUUGAGAUUUAAAUAGCGCCGAUUUCUAAAGGAUGACCACUCAUCAAAUGUUAUUGUGAUUUUUUUAGAGCCUCGAGUUCUUCCAUAGUUUUCUUUUUAAUUGAUUCUCCGUAGGCCAUUAUCAUACCUUGCACCGUACCGGCAGAAGAAGGCAAUUUGUGGCCCUCUGAUUCAAAUAGUUGGCGCAUAUCGAUCGAUGUGAUAAACUUUGCAAACGGUAUACCAUCUUUAGCUACCAUUCGGGACACUCUUUCUUCCAUCGACACUUUUUUCUGAUAUUGAAAAUAUUCCGUGAUUUUUAUUUUUCUUAGGUAGCAUAGACGAACUAAUGUCAUCUGAGCCUGAGCGCUCAGAAAUAAGGGUAGAACUAGUAAACGAACUCUUCGAGCUACUGGCAGUACUGGCACUAUUAAUGUCAAUGUCAAUAACAUCACUCUCGCUGUUAUUCUUGGAUUUUAAAUUCAUAUUAUGCUUCGUUUGUAAGUGGGAGUAAAGACCUUUGGUAGAACGAGCAGAGAUUUUAAUAAUGCUUGGGCAUAACUUACAUUUAGCUGUAAAACCAUCUUCAGAUUUUAAGAAAUGUUUCCAAACUAAACUUGAGCCUUUAUUCUCUUUAUAAACCACACUGACACUCAUUUUAGCGAUUAUUAGUUUACAUUCGAUGUAAUACGUAAAUUAUUUAACUGAAGAAAUCAUUUCCAGUCACUAGUUAAACGAUUUCCACUUACGCACAUACAUAAAUCGGAAAAUAAAAUAACCUGUUUGUUUUGUUUCACUUAUUUCCAUAAGCGUCGGCGCUCGGGGAUUCCCCUUGGAUUUAAAUCCGUGCAGUAAUGCAAUUAUAUAACAGAUGUCCGACUAGAUAAGUCCGUAAUUAUUUGUGAGUGGUUUUUUUGCUUUCUGGGGCGUUUUAAAAGACCCGCGCGGAAAAUCCCGCAAUGUUGAUCCCGCAGAAACUUGGAGGGAUCCCGCAUUUGCGGGAUUGCAUUCCCUAGCCAUGUUGUUCUCAUAGCCGUCUUAAUAUUUUAUUACUGCAAAUAAUUAAAAACUUAUCUUUAUUUUGACUUAAGCGAAAAAGUCAUUAUAAACUUUUUUGUUUAAAGUUUGAUGUUUUAAUAGAAAAAUAUAUAAUAUACAGGGGUUUCCAUUUAACAAAAUGUAAUUUUACUGUAAAACUAAAAAAUACGAUUCUAAAUUGUUUUUUUUUCUUCUCGUUUUUACCAGCACUAAAAUUGCUACUAAUUUGGUAAAUUAAACAACUUUGUAUUUUCACUAAUAACAAAGUUACCAAUGAUAGAGACUUAAUUUGGAUAACCCUGUCUAUCAUAUCCCAUAAUAUUAGAAGUUGGAAUCUGGACAUUAUAUUCUAGGAAAUUACAUUUCCAAAGUACAUUCCAUGUUUUUGCCUUAAGAAAUCUAAAGAUUUGCUGCUGAAGCAAAGUUUUGCAAGUUGUUGCUAUAAUAAGGAAAAUUUUGAAUUCAAUUAACCACAUUCAUCAAAAUAAUUCUGUCACAUAUUAAGCGCUUUUUAUCAAAACUCGUUAACAAAUCCUGCUUUUCCCUCACUGGUUAUAAAACAAUCAAUUACUUAUUAAGAAUGUCAUUUGCCUAUUGUUUUAAAAAACGUUAUAAAGUAAAAAAAAAAACAAAUCUAGCCCUUUUCUCCCCUAUUCCCAUAUAAACUGUGAAAGAAACUAAAAUAUUGAUAACUGACAAGUACUAGAUUCUAGUCGAACGUAGCUUUGUACAACUCUUGUUACAAUUUAUUUGUGUACAUUUUUAUUUCUCGUGUAAAUAUUAAGUUUUAAGAUUUUAAUUAGAAAGCAAAAAAAAACUUUUGCUUAAAUGUUUCUUUUUUAGGAGCGAAACUCACGCGCGUCGGCUGCAAAGUAUUCAACAACAUCAAUUAUUUAUUUGUCUAUGUUAUAAAACAUAAAUAUUUAAAUUAUGUAUAAAGAAAUCACCUUAUAGCUGUAGGUAAAAUUGCAGGGUAGUCCAAAAAUAUUGUAAUUUUGCACCACCCUGGCAAAAACAUAUUAUGAUAAUCUUUGUUGUUUAAAGCAUCGAAAGAAUGUAGCUUCAUAAAGUGUUAUUCCAAAAUAUCCGUGGCUUUCUAUGCUUAUUUAUUUUUUUUUAACAAAGAGUGCCAAAGUAAAAGGCCGAAAUUUGUUUCUUCUCACUAUAUGACGACUGAUUCAAAAUUACCAAAAAAAAAACUACUCAAAUCUUAUGGCGAAAAGUGUUCUUAUCCAGUAGACGAUCAAAGUUAGAACAAACAUUUUAGUGGCGUCAUCAUUAGAUUUCAUAUUUUGAGGCGGUUUUUUUUUCAAACUUAUGUGCCUCAAAGCAUAUCGUGUUUCCUUAAUAUAAAAACAAGCAAGUAUUCCUUACUAAAUCUGUUAAGUUUUAAAAAUUUUAUUCGAGUAUGUAUUAUUUUUUACAUGGGCGGCUGUGUGAUAGAGAGCGAUGAGGGUAUGAAUGAUAAACAUAUAUGGCAUGUAUCAACUACGUGUUUUAUAUAAGAAUAGGGUUGGGACAUGAUCAAUUCUACUAAACAUAUUUCUUGUGAGGGAUUAUAUGGUUUUGUCCCAACCUUAUUCUCCCGGGUUAGGGUUACAAGAGAAGAUACGCGUUACAUCACAUUAUGUAAAAGGAAUGAAACGACCUUAUUAUUUAUUUUCUGUUUCGAACUUAUUUAUUAAUGUAACAAAAAAAACAUCACCGCCUCGUAUUGAGAAAUAAAAGAAAUAUAAAAAUAAUGAUUAGACUGUUAUAGUAUUUUUCCUGUUCAUAAGUGUAAAGGCUUCUUAGUCGUAGCAUUUUGUUUUUUUUUUGUUGUUGUACGUAGAAUAAAAUAUAUUAUAACGUG